CGACAACAGUUAGUCACCCUCCAUUGAAGCGUCAACCAGCAACAGAAACAAGUUCCAACCAGCCGCAAUAUGAAGAUGACAUUUGUCGCAUUAGUCGCAUUGAUUGCUGCAGCUGUUGCCGAAACUUCGUAUCCAGACGUUUACCCAGCCACCUAUGAAAAAUCUUCCUAUAAUUACGCUCCUCAGGCUUACAGUUACUCUUACGCCGUUAAGGACGAGUCCUCUUACAACGAUUUUUCUCAUUCGGAGAGUAGCGACGGAAAGGUGGUCACCGGAUCUUACAGCGUUGAUUUACCCGAUGGCCGCACCCAGAUUGUCACCUACAAGGCCGACAGUUACGGCUACACAGCUGACGUCAAGUACAUUGGUGAAGCCCAGUACCCAGCAUAUGAUCCAGUAUCUUACACCUCGGACGACAAGACUCCUGUUUACACAGCCGCCUACUCGGAGGACCCAACUUAUUAAAAAAAAGUGUUAAAAUAAAACGACUUGGAUAAAUUAAUUUUACAUAUACGGAGCCCUAUCAUAAGAGAAUAUAUUUCAAGAAGAGUGACAAUUGAAUAAAAUAUUGAACUAAA